AUGGCGACCUGUGAUGUAGUUUCGCUCUACACAAGUAUACCGCACGAAGGAGGCAUUGAAGCUUCUGAUGUAAUUCACCAAAGUGUGUAUGAGCUUAUACAUACAGAAGAUCGACCUGAAUUUCAGCAGCAGCUUCACUGGGCAUUGGAUCCUGUACAAUCAUCAGAUCUUUCACAAAGAACCCAAGAUGAUAAUGGGUUUCCAUUGACGACCUCUAACUACAAUCCAGAUCAGCUUCCUCCUGAGAAUUCUUCCUUUAUGGAAAGGAACUUUGUAUGUAGGUUAAGAUGCCUACUGGAUAAUUCUUCAGGAUUCUUGGCUAUGAAUUUUCAAGGACGCUUAAAGUUUCUGCAUGGACAGAACAAGAAAGGGAAAGAUGGGUCGUUAAUUCCCCCUCAGUUGGCACUUUUUGCCUUGGCAACUCCAUUGCAGUCUCCGUCCAUCCUUGAGAUUCGAACCAAAAACUUUAUUUUCAGAACAAAGCACAGACUAGACUUCACCCCGAUUGGUUGUGAUACAAAAGGAAGUAUUGUGCUGGGAUACACCGAAGCAGAGUUAUGCGUGAGAGGAACUGGGUACCAGUUUAUUCAUGCUGCAGAUAUGCUGUAUUGUGCAGAGAAUCACGUUCGAA